GGGGGGCAGGCUCUGGGGGUAGUAUCAGGAGUCUCUCUUGCAGGAUGUGCCUGAUGGCUUGAUACAAGAAGAAACAGAGACCUGGUACUGCAGGGAGAAGACAUGGAGACCAACGUGAUAAUAGCGCUGGCUGUGGUUGGAGCCACAAUAUUAUUAUUCCUGAUUAAGACUCUGGGGUCUCAGGCGAAGAAAGCUCCCAUCACUCUCCUGGACCCUAACACAAAAUACCCUCUACCUCUCAUAGAGAAGCAGGAAAUCAGUCAUGACACCAAAAAGUUCCGAUUUGGCCUCCCUACAUCAGAAACAAUUCUGGGACUUCCUGUAGGGCAACAUGUUUACCUCUCUGCAAAGGUGAAUGGCAGUUUGGUGGUUCGGGCGUACACUCCGGUGUCAAGCGAUGAAGUAAAAGGUUAUGUUGACCUGGUUGUGAAGGUGUACUACAAAAAGGUGAACCCUAAAUUCCCUGAUGGAGGUAAAAUGUCCCAGUAUCUGGACACCUUGAAAAUAGGGGAUACAGUUGACUUCCGAGGCCCCAAUGGCCUCCUAGUCUACAAAGGAAAGGGUAAAUUUGCAAUCAGACCAGAUAAAAAGUCAGAGCCGCAGAUAAAGUCCACAAAACACAUUGCGAUGAUGGCUGGAGGGACUGGUAUUACGCCAAUGCUGCAGCUGAUCCGUCACAUCACAAAGGACCCCAGCGACAACACCAAAUGCUACCUCAUCUUUGCCAAUCAGACUGAAGAAGACAUCCUGCUGCGUGCCGAGCUGGACAGUGUAGCGAAGGAGCAUCCUGAUCAGUUUAAGCUGUGGUACACCCUGGACCGACCGCCGCAAGGGUGGAAGUACGGAGUUGGAUUUGUCACUGCAGAAAUGAUUAAGAAGCACCUGCCACCACCUUCAGAAAACCCCCUUGUGCUGAUGUGCGGACCUCCUUCAAUGAUCCAGUUUGCAUGCCAGGACAACCUGACCAAACUAAGCUACCCCGAGGACAGGAGGUUUGCCUACUAACUGACCACCACCCACGUACCACAGCACCCGAAUGUGGGUAAUGGAGAAGCCAGAAGACAAAUUGGAAUCUGUAGUAAAAGCUACAUGUUGGGUUAGUAACCAGUGAAUGAAUCUGUGUAUGAGGUCUACCUCCUUCCUGACCACCCCUGUGACUUCAUGCCAGUGGUAUGGCUCAGGCUGGACUCUUACUUUCAUAGUGGCAGCACUUAAAGGCCCAGGAACAUGAUCUCUCACUGUUCGCCAUUUGGGGUUACCAUAUUUUAUGGGCAAUUUUAAACCAUUAACAGAUACAAAACAUAUUUCAUUAAACAUCCUUCAUAAAGGGUUACAAAAAGAGCUAAAAUAAGUUCGUAAUCAUACAAAAGGUUUAUAUGGUUAUAUAUAAUGUGUAAUUUUCUUAUCAGUAGACAAACCUAGAACCAUGGAAUUUGUUGUUCAUUUUUGUUUAUAAUCUAGUCUGCCUUUUUUUGGGGCAGGUUUUAUUGUUUCUGUGGAGGGGUGGGUAGGGGUUGCCUUGUAUUUUCCCCCAGUUUCCAAAUGUGUCCCUUGUUCUACACUUUAAUUUUUUUUUACAACGGAUUCCCCUUUUUUGAGCUGUUAAUAACUUUUAGGAGAAUGUUUUAACCUCUUUUCCCUUCCUGCUACUAGUAUCUCUUCCAAUACAACCAAGUAUUUGUUCCCUCGUAUUGCAUCUAUAACGCACAGCUUCCUCUCUGGUGUUGUGACAUCAGCAGUUACUUUAGAAGUUGGUUACUGCUGAUGUCUGAGUGUUCAUACAUACGACCACCACUGUGACACUGAUCUGGAGUGUACCAUGCAGUAGCCGGAAGAGUGAGGAUCAACUCAGGAUCAUUCUCUGCAAGACAUUGUGGAUUCUCAGUACAUUUUAUACCUGGAAUUGUCUGGUACAUUUCAAAAUGCAGCAUUGUAUAAAACAGUUAUUUUUAUGAUGUUUCAUUGUCCACAGACGGUUUAGAUAAAUAAAUAAAAAUUUUCUGAACCAUGA